AUGUUGAACAAAGCUCUGCUAGAACAAGACAUCGAUACACUCUAUUCAAUUCGAUACUUCAUUAAAGAUCUCCACUUACAGUUACAGCAAUUAUACACCGACUCACAACCGGCUACAAACCUGAAUACUGUAUAUCGAGGUCAAUUAAUGAAAAAUAAAGAAUUCGAUAAAAGAAUUCGAAACAAUGUCGGUGGUUUCUUCUCCGUCAGCGGUUUUCUUUCGACAACUCUAGAUAGAGACUGCGCAAGUCGAUAUGCUGGGGAUGGAAGUAGAUGUGAACAGGAACAAAGUGUUCUGUUUCAAAUUGACAUUGACAGAAGUGUGAAUAAAUUUCCCUACGCAGAUAUUUCCUUGAACAGUGCAUUUGGUGAAACUGAAAAAGAAAUUUUGUUUAGUAUGGGCGCUAUAUUCCGAAUUGAAGCUCUUAGUGAAAGUAAACCUGGCCUCUGGAUUGUAAAACUGAAGUUAACCGGUGAGGAAGACAACGAAUUGCGACAACUAACAGAGUAUAUGGCAGAGAAAAUCUUUGUUGUCAGUCCUUUGUACAGUUUGGCCAGAUUGUUAUUGGAAAUGGGAGAUUAUAAGAGAGCUGAACAAAUUUGUAUUCGACUGCUGAAAGAUGAAUGUAUUACGAAAAACUGGAAGAGUCUUGCUGGCGUACACAAUGCACUUGGUCUCAUUUAUCAUCAGACCGGAGAUAAAGUGAAAGCAAUUGAAUACUAUGAGAAAUCAAUUGAGUUGCAAUCUGAGACCGCCGUAGUUACUCUCGUAGCACCGUACGCUAACUUGGCCAGUCUCUAUGACGAAGACGGUCAGUACGAAAAGGCAGAUAUGUGUCAAAGCAAGGCGCUGCAGAUUGUAUUGAGUAGUCCCAAUAUAGAUCAAAUGCAUCUUGCAAAUUGUUACAAUAAAUUUGGCGAAGCAUUCCGCGAAGAACAUCAGUUUGAGAAAGCGCUCCCGAUGUAUAAAGCAGCUCUAGCAAUCUGGCUGAAAUAUUUACCGGCUAAUCAUCCUAACAUUGCAGCUGUAUACAAUAACAUUGCUACUCUUUAUUCUGACCAGGAGCAAUACGAUGAAGCCGUUUUUUACUAUAAUAAAACGCUUCAGUUACAAAUUAAUACUCUACCAGAGAAUCAUCCAGAAUUUGCUGUUACAUAUCAUAACCUGUCAAAAGCAUUCUUCCGACAAGAGAAGUUGAUUGAAGCUGUAGAGCAUAUAAGAAUGGCAUGCAAAAUAAACUCACUUGUUUUCCCAAUCGAUCAUCAUCGUGUGAUAGAGAGCCAACAGUGGCGUGAUGAACUGGAAGCUCAACAUAGUUAUUCAGACGAAGACUACACACGUGCCGAGGAAUUUUUGAAAAGAAGGGUCGAAGAUGAAGUCAGGUCACUUCCAGCCGAUCAUGAAGAUCUGAUACUACAUCGUUUUACUCUUGCCAGAGCACUCUAUUAUCAAGAGAAAUUGGAAGAAGCGUUACAACAUAUGAAAAUUGCGUACACAAGUCGAUCUGCAACUCUUCCAGCUGAUCAUCAUACUGUCAUUCAAUAUCAUAAAUGGCUUCAAGGAAUUAAAGCGACGAUUAAAGAAUAUGAAGAAAAUACCGAUGUCGAGAAGACAAAUAGCUAG